GUGGUCAUACAAGAAAAGAAAUUAGUGACAUUCUUGGUUUUCCACUUUCAACUGUUAAAAGUACAAUCAAGUAUGCUAAUUUUCUAUUAAUUAGUUUAUCAAAUUGGCCUCACAUAUUACUGUAUCUUAGAAUAAGCAUAAAUAAGAAAAAAGUGAAAUUAAGGUAUGAAGCAAGAUGUCUAAAGAAAAACUACAUGUAG